CACACAGAAGGGAAUUAGCAGAAGAAGCAAAUAGCAAAAUAACAAACGUGCCCUUUUUCUUUACCAGCGCAGCAAUUUUGUUCCGCCUUCAAAUUUAUUCUAAAAAAUGUUUUAUAAGAUUAGUCAUUAAAAAGACGACGAUUGAAGUUUAUUAAAAGCAAGCACUUGAGUUUGUGGCCAUUUUAAUUUGUUGAAUUACAGUAACUGUGGAACUACGGUAAACAUGAGAGUCGGGGAUGUGCUCCGCCGGUUGGAUGCAUAUCCACGUACGCUUGAAGAUUUCAGUGUACGCACUCUAAGCGGUGCUUUAGUUACUGUAGUUGGUAUCUACAUUAUUUUUACGCUGAUAAUUCUAGAAUGUAUGGCAUAUUCGCGUCCGAAUCUCACAGAGGAUCUGUUUGUAGAUACUACCCGCAAUCACAAGCUACGUAUCAAUUUGGAUAUAACGAUACACAAUCUAGCUUGCAGCUACGUGUCAUUGGAUGCAAUGGACUCUUCCGGUGAUCAACACUUACGAGUUGAUCAUGACAUAUUCAAACAUCGUCUAGAUUUGCAGGGUAACCCAUUGAAAGAAACCGAACCCAUAAAAGAAAUUGUUGCUGUGUCACCGUCAAAUAAAAAUACCACCUGUGGUAGUUGCUACGGCGCUGAACAUAAUAGCACACAGUGCUGCAAUACUUGUGAAGAAGUGUUAGAGGCGUAUCGCCACAAAAAGUGGAAUGUACAAUUGGAUAAAAUCGAGCAAUGUAAGGAUCAGUAUAAACGCAAUGAUAUCGAUGCAUUCAAAGAGGGCUGUCGUGUGCAAGGGCAUUUAGAAGUAAAUAGAAUGGCUGGUAGUUUCCAUAUAGCACCUGGAAACAGUUUCUCCAUUAGACAAUUUCAUAUACAUGACUUUCAAUUCUCCGAAGUGAAAUUGGAUCAUACAAUUAAUCACUUGUCUUUUGGCGACAAAAUCGCAUUUGCCAAGACGCAUCCGCUAGAUGGACUACAUACCAAAUCGGACAAAGAUGCUAAAAGCGAAAUGUAUAAUUACUAUUUGAAAAUUGUGCCUACAAUGUAUGCAAGAUUGAACAAACCACCCAUACAUACAAAUCAGUUCUCAGUGACGCGCUACAAGAAGGACCUUUCAACUAGGGAGCGUGGCAUGCCGGGUAUUUUCUUCAGUUAUGAAUUAUCGCCAUUAAUGGUGAAAUACGCCGAAAAGCAAAGAUCUUUUGGUCACUUUGCCACGAAUUGCUGUUCUAUAAUCGGUGGGGUUUUCACUGUAGCCGGCAUUAUAGCAGUCUUCCUGAACAAUUCGUUAGAAGCACUGCAGCGUAAAUUGGAAAUAGGAAAGCUGAGUUAACAACACACGCACAAUGCACAAUAUUCCCCGAAAAUUCCGAAUUUUCUUGAUUUUCUUAUCACUUGAACUUAUCAGACUGCAGGCUAUAUACAUAUAUUGACCUACUACAACUAAU